UGCGUCUGAGCUGCCGAUUAUACUGAUCAGAGCCGGAGCUACGAUGCAGUGACAGUCCACAGGAAGACACACACUCUCACACUCACACACACUCUGACACACACACACACACACACACACACACACACACACUGAGCGCAGGCAGGGAGAGGAGGAACACGCGGAUGCGCACGAGAAAUGAUCCGCUCCUAGACUAUGGCACCGUCGGGCUCGCGUAGUAUCAAGCGGGGCUGUCAGAGAGUUUUGUACUGGAUCCCGGUCCUCUUCAUCGCCCUCAUAGUGGCCUGGUCCUACUACGCAUAUGUCCUGCAGCUGUGCAUAGAAUCCAUUGAAGACACAGGAAAAAAGGUGGUGUUCUUGCUGGUGUACCAUGCCAUCUUCAUCAUGUUUGUGUGGGCGUACUGGCAGACCAUCUUCACCAGUCCCAUGAACCCCCUGAAGGAGUUCCACCUGUCCUUCUCUGACAAGGAGCUGCUGGAGCGUGAAGAUCGUGGAGAGUCCCAGCAGGAGAUCCUGAGAAGGAUAGCCAAGGAUCUGCCCAUCUACACCCGCACCAACUCUGGAGCAAUUCGUUUCUGCGACCGCUGCCAGCUGCUGAAGCCUGAUCGAUGCCACCAUUGUUCAGUGUGUGAUAAAUGCAUCCUGAGGAUGGAUCACCACUGCCCCUGGGUGAACAACUGUGUGGGAUUCUCCAACUACAAGUACUUCAUGCUGUUCUUGGCGUACUCGCUGCUCUACUGCCUUUUUAUUACUGCUACAGAUCUUCAAUACUUCAUUAAAUUUUUGAUGGCUGGAGGUAGAGCACAUUUCCGUCUGAGAGAGUACCUGAAUGGCCUUCCAGACACUCAGGCCAAGUUCCACAUCCUCUUCCUCUUCUUCUCGGCCUCCAUGUUCUCGGUCAGCCUCGCCUCUCUUCUGAUCUACCACUGCUGGCUCGUGUGCAAGAACAGAUCCACUCUCGAAGCUGUACGGGCACCGGUGUUUCGUCACGGCAUAGACAAGAACGGUUUCAGUCUGGGUUGCAGUAAGAACUUCCGCCAGGUCUUUGGUGAUGAAGCUAAGUACUGGCCUAUUCCCAUUUUCUCCAGUCUAGGAGACGGCUGCUCGUUCCCGUCCUGUCUGGUCAAUGUGGACCCUGAGCAGCCUUUCUCACCCACAGGUUGCAACCCUGCUAACAAGGGUGCAGCAGAAGGCCGCCAGUUCCCCUCCAAACCUCUGAGGGAGAGCCAGAGUCGACUGCUCGCCAGCACCCCCUCCUGGACAGACAGUGACAGUGCAGCUGAGAAAGAAAGGAAAGGGGCCAGCAACCAAGGGAUGAUCAUCGAACACGAAGCAUAACCAGUUGGAGUCGGAACCUUCAAUUCAAGACAAGGUCUCUGCUGGACCCCUUCUGUGUUUGUGCCUAUCAGAACAGGACGUGCUGGUGACAUCGCCGGCAUUUGGUGUUUUUCAUAUUGCGCCCCCUUCUUCUGAGAGGUUUAAACGGGAGAAACCAACAUGUAUUAUCAUCAAUGUCCCGGUUACUGAAUUUAUCUGCUGCUAUCUGGACGCAUUUGGGUGGAUUCAAAUGAAAACUGCAUUCCAAAAAUCCCAUUUUCUUCUGCUUCUGUAUGAAUAAGCACAGAGCAGCGUUAAAGGAAGAGAUGUUUUGCACUUUGAAUACUAGUAGCUUUUGUAUGUUACAGUUUUAUUUUAAUUUAAUAGCUUAGCACAUUAGUAAAUGCUUUUAUAAGUUUGCCAAACAUUUGCACAUUAAUAAUACAGUAGUGAUGGUGUUGAUAUGAUGUAAAAACAUUCCUUCAGUCUUUGUUUUUACGUUUUUUGUAAAUUUAUUUUGCCACCCGACAUGUUGUGUUGUGGAAAUGAUGCAUGCUCUCAUCUCAGGAUGUCAACGCAAACCCUAUUUGUUGUAGUGAACAGUACGAGAUGCUUUCCUCGUUUUGCUUGAAAACAAAAACAAGAAGUAAAGUUUUUAGUAAGUACAAGUUUGAUUAAGGGCUCUUCUGAAUGAUUAAAGCAUGAGUGAGGAUGUGGCCAUCACAUUAAACCUCCACCCUGCCCCCUGUGGCGGACACUCGGUACACAUCAACCUGCCGGACGAAAAAGCUCCUGCCUGACUGUUGGGGGUUCUGUGGGGUCAGCUCACCGGCUGCCAGCGAAUAAGAAACCUCUGUGUGAUGGUGCUGCGGAUCUGUUCAAACGGAAAUGAGAAAGUACUUUACCAUCUUUAAAAAAUACUUCAAUAGGUAACACAGAAAGGAAUCAAGUUUGUUCCGCUUUAAAUUAUACACACACAAUCGCACAUUUUAAAUUGAAUAAACAUAAACAAUUGUGUUACCAAUUGCAGUCAUUUUUUUAAGUUGGUCCAACACUUUUCCUUUUCCAGAGCGCCAUCAAAAAGCAGCUAGUGAUGAGUGUUUUUGUUACACACAACAUUGUUGAUGUACUUCAGAAAAAAAACAAGAGAAACCAGUUCCAGCCACUUUGAACAGUAUUUUCACCUUUUGACGAUUCUGUCUUUCCCUGGCUGGAAACAAAAAAAACAACUGAACAUUAGUUUAAAGAAUGUAUGCUUGUUUAAAAAAAAAGCUUCGUGGUAAUCGUUUAUAUUUUUCUAUUCUGUCUGUCUGACUCGAGACAACUUGGAUGUGUGAGGCGAUGUACUGUAAAGUUGUGAUGCCUUAUCCAGAAUAAAACAAGCUCUUCUUC